GCCGGAUUAAUCUCACUCGUCAAACUCCCUCUAGUGUUCACGUUUGAUCCGAGCUCAAAGUUUUGAGCUUUUCCCGUAGCACUUUCAUCGGGUUUACCAGCUAUUCUUCUUUGUUGUUGCUGGUUUUACUUGCAAUACAUGGAAUUUUGAAGUUUCAGAUUGAGGAUGGAGCUUUUCAAAGAGUUUGAGUUUUGUGAUAGCUUAAAGUUAGCACCUUGAAACUGUAAAUAUGAGUUCUAGCUGUAUCAACGUUCGAAGUUUCGAUUUUUGGGAUCAGUUUAGGCUUUAGGUUAGAUUAAUUGUUUCUGGGUAGUGAUCUUUUUUGUACUUUGGUAAAGGGUCCUGAUCAAUUAGGGUUUUUUGAAAUGUUAUCUGAAUUGGGUCGGAGGGCAAUGGUAGGAGGUAGUGAAGGAUCAUUUGGGGAUGAUCUGGAGAAGGAGAUGGGUCUGUUGCUCCGUGAACAGCGGAGACAAGAGGCUGAUGAUCUUGAACGGGAGCUGAACUUGUAUAGAAGCGGCUCUGCCCCUCCAACUGUGGAUGGUUCACUCAGUGCGGUGGGUGGCUUGUUUGGUGGCAGUUCAGCCUUCUCAGCCUUUUCUGGAGCUAAAAAUGGAAAUAGGUUUGUGUCUGAAGAGGAGCUGAGAUCUGAUCCAGCUUAUCAUUCCUACUAUUACUCAAACGUGAAUCUCAAUCCAAGGCUGCCACCUCCUUUGCUAUCAAAGGAGGAUUGGAAAUUUGCACAGAGGUUGAAGGGAGGGAGUUCAGUGGUAGGUGGAAUUGGUGAUAGGAGGAAUGUAAAUAGGGCUGAUAAUGGUGGUAGCAGGUCUCUGUUCUCUAUGCCACCAGGGUUUGAUUCCAGGAAACAAGAGACUGAAGUUGAGGCAGAGAAAGUGCAUGGCUCUGCAGAGUGGGGUGGUGAUGGAUUGAUUGGUUUGUCUGGUAUAGAGCUUGGAAGCAAACAAAAGAGCCUUGCUGAAAUUUUUCAGGAUGACUUGGGGCGUGCAACUCCAGUGGUAGGUAAUCCUUCGCGUCCUGCUAGUCGCAAUGCCGUUGAUGAAAACUUUGAAAAUGUAGCUUCUGCUGAAGCUGAGCUGGCUCUUCUGCGCCAGGAAUUGGGUUCUAAAGAUUUACGAUCAAGUGCAAGUGGUCAGGGCUUGUCCACAGUUCAUGGUGUUGGGCCACAUUCUUCAUAUACUUAUGCUGCUGCUGUCGGUGCUUCUUUGUCUAGAAGUAACACCCCGGAUCCCCAACUUGUGGCUAGGGCUCCUAGUCCUUGCCCGGCACCAAUAGGAGGAGGCCGAGUUGGAGCCUCAGAGAAAAGAGGUGUGAACAGUCCAAGCACAUUUAGUGGUGUGUCAUCUGGCAUCAAUGACCAUGCGGAUUUGGUAGCCACUCUAUCAGCCAUGAACUUGUCUUCAAAUGGUGUCAUGGAUGAUGAUGAUCAACCACCAUCACAGAUUGAUCAGGAUAUUGAUAAUCACCAGAGUUAUUUGUUUGCUCUGCAAGAUAGCCAAAAUCCAGUUAAGCAGACUGCAUACUUAAAGAAGUCUGAAUUUGGGCAUUUACAAAACAAGAAUAAUGGGAUCCGGUCAGAGCUAAAAAGUCCAUCUCUACUGGCUGAUAGGCAAGCUGAACUGCAUAAGUCUGCCGUUCCUUCAAACAAUUCUUACUUGAAAGGAAGCUUACCUGCUCAGUAUCAGCGCUCGGAAGGCACCAAUUCAUCUUUUGCAAACUAUGGUUUAAGUGGAUACUCCAUAAAUCCUGCUUUGGCCUCUAUGGUGACUAGCCAAAUCGGCACUGGUAAUCUGCCAUCAUUGUUGGAAAAUGUUGCAGCAGCUUCAGCUAUGGGAAUUCCUGGAAUAGAUUCCAGAGUGCUGGGAGGUGGUUUGGCCUCUGGACAAAAUAUGUCAGCUGCUGCAUCUGAAUCUCAUGGUCUUAAUAGAGUGGGUACCCAAAUUGCUGGGAAUGCCCUUCAAGCACAGUUUGCUGAUCCUAUCUAUCUUCAGUAUCUGAGGACAUCUGAGUAUGCUGCGCAGCUUGCAGCUCUUAAUGAUCCUGCAAUGGAUAGAAACUUCUUAGGUAAUUCAUACAUGAACUUGGUUGAGCUCCAGAAAGCUUAUCUUGGUGCUCUGUUAUCACCUCAGAAAUCCCCGUAUGGUGUUGCACUGGGUGGUAAGUCCAGCAGUUCAAAUCAUCAUGGUUUUUAUGGAAGUCCUACGUACGGUGUUGGCAUGUCUUAUCCUGGAAGCCCUCUGGCAAAUCCUGUCAUUCCAAAUUCUCCAGGUGGACCUGGCAGUCCUAUAAGACAUGGUGAGUUGAAUUUGCAUUUCCCCUCUGGAAUGAGGAACUUAGCAGGGGGUCUUAUGGGAGCUUGGCAUUUGGAUGCGGCAUGUAACAUGGACGGAAGUUAUGCAUCCUCUCUGCUGGAAGAAUUUAAGAGCAAUAAAACAAAGUGCUUUGAGCUUUCAGAAAUUGACAGUCAUGUUGUUGAGUUUAGUGCGGAUCAGUAUGGGAGCCGUUUCAUUCAGCAAAAACUUGAAACAGCAACAACUGAAGAGAAAAAUAUGGUUUAUCAGGAAAUCAUGCCUCAAGCUCUGGUUCUGAUGACUGAUGUGUUUGGUAAUUAUGUCAUUCAGAAGUUCUUUGAGCAUGGACUCCCAUCCCAGAGAAGGGAGCUUGCUGGCAAGCUUUUUGGUAAUGUUUUAACUCUCAGCCUUCAAAUGUAUGGUUGCCGGGUCAUCCAGAAGGCAAUAGAAGUUGUUGAUCUUGACCAGAAGAUAAAAAUGGUUCAAGAGCUUGAUGGUCAUGUAAUGCGUUGUGUGCGUGACCAGAAUGGAAACCAUGUCAUUCAGAAGUGUAUUGAAUGUGUUCCUGAAGAAAAUAUUCAGUUUAUAGUCACUACGUUCUUUGAUCAAGUUGUGACCCUUUCUAUGCAUCCAUAUGGGUGCCGUGUUAUCCAGAGAAUACUGGAGCACUGCAAGGAACCAAAGACUCAGGAUAAAGUUAUGGACGAGAUUUUGGGAUCUGUUAGCAUGUUGGCCCAAGACCAGUAUGGCAAUUAUGUUGUCCAGCAUGUGCUGGAGCAUGGCAAGCCUCACGAGCGCUCGAUUAUCAUAGAGGAAUUGGCUGGGAAGAUAGUUCAGAUGAGUCAGCAGAAGUUUGCCUCUAAUGUUGUAGAGAAGUGUUUGACUUUUGGUGGUCCUACCGAACGUCAGUUACUUGUGAAUGAGAUGCUUGGUUCUACUGAUGAGAAUGAGCCUCUACAGGCGAUGAUGAAAGAUCAGUUCGCAAACUAUGUUGUACAAAAAGUAUUAGAGACUUGUGAUGACCACCAACGUGAGCUGAUCCUUUCACGAAUUAAAGUCCAUUUAAAUGCAUUGAAGAAGUACACUUACGGGAAGCAUAUUGUUGCCCGUGUAGAGAAACUUGUUGCUGCUGGGGAAAGGAGAAUUGCUGCUCAGUCUCCACAGCCUGCAUAGACGAAAUAGGAAAGGAAGUUGUCUGUACAGCUAACUGAGGCUACUGUGAGCCUUCAUCCUCUCUUUCUUCCCCGUAUUUAGGGCUAUGGUUAUCGUUCUUUACCCAUCUUUUUAGGCAGGUAAGAGCUGUAUGGAAGUAAUAAGUUGUUGCUCGAACUGGAAAACUGUAAAUUGUGUAGCUUUAAGGUUUAUACAUAGAAUGGAGCGAACUCCGAGGUUCAGAUGUUGAAUACUCCUGAUGCCCCUGCAGAGGAGAUAAAUGACUAUACAAGUUUUUAAGGGUGUAAAAAAUUUAAAUGGUGAGGUAGUUUAUAUGAUAACGCGACUGUACAAAAGUUGCCAUGUUGAGAGCUGUUGAUUUUAGGCGAGACUCAAAGUGUUUUUUUUUUUCCAAUCAAUGGAUGGUUAAAUGGCAUUUUCAUUCACUUC